AGUUUAGUUGUCGACGUAGGUCCUGCCGAACCAGAUAGUUUAUUCUUUUGAGUUAUGCCAGGCGAUUAAAAUAAUCGAGCAUUAAAUAUGUUGUUUAUGGAAAGUUAUUUGUGCUAUUGUUCAGUUCGCUUGGGCGUUAUGUUGGUCGCCACUUUAAGCAUUAUCAUGAAUAUUACAUUGAGCGUUAUAUUCUUUAUACAUGGAGUGAAUAUAUUCGACGGCCUCAUCGAUUUGUUGGAGAAUGACUCACAGUACAAGUGCAGCAAUUCGGUGCGAAAAGCUAUUCAUUGGGUACAUCAUUCACCCGACAAUGUUUUAGUUUUCUUGCAGUGCAUGUGCUACGCCCACAUAGCCACAGCUCUUUUGGGGAUCUACGGUGCUAUAAGGCUGCAUAAAUGGAUGGUUAUUCCUUUGGCUUUAUUUGAGUUCAUCUAUUUUCUGGGAAUCACUAUUGGACACAUUGUGCUAAUGAUUAUGCUCAAGAAGCAGAUCAAUUUGGGACUGCUGAUUGUACUCACUCUGGUUGGCAGCUUCUACUGUCUUUUUGCUGGUUACAACUGCGUUACUUGCAUUGCCAUGUUCCAAAUCAUAAAACUGGUUAGAAGCGCCAAGUAUCGUCAGCUCUAUGGCGAAGACCCCUUUCAUCCGAUUCCCCUAAAGCGUUCGCAUGGCAGCAAUGGAAGCAUCCAACAGCUUCGCAUGGGACUGCCCGAGGAUACGGAUAUCGAUGAGCAGAAGCGUUUGGCUAAAUUGGGCCUCUGGCCAAGUCGUCAGCCUCAGGUUAUUUCCGUGAUUCCUGUGCAGACGCCAGCCAUCGGGUUGAAAUGGUGGCAACAGCAGGCUCUUGAUAGAGAUGAUCAGCUGCAGGACUCGGCUAUCCUUCGCAAUUGGCAACAUGGUGAAUUGCUGAAAGGAGCUGCCGGCAAUGCUGAGCGUAAAAAUGCUCUAAAUCGGCGAUAUGCUGAGGCGCAACACUAUCGAUGGAAUUAGA